AUGGGCUCCAACACAAUAUGCACAUGUUGCAUAUUAUUCUCUCUACUCUUUGCCUCUCCAUUUGUCAUUCUAAUCACCCUAUCCUAUGUAGGUGUGAAGCCAAGAUUCUACAUUCAAGAACUCUACAUUCCAUCCCUCAACACUUCAAAUUCUCACACACUCAAUCUUUCAAACCCCAACACUUCCAUAAUCAUCGACCUCAAAUUCAAGAGAGAGAUCGCCUACGUGGGACUCCGCUACGAAAACAUCAACAUCACCCUCUUCUACGGCCCCAACCGGACCUCCCUCGGCAGCGCCCUCAUAGCCGGAUUCAAGCAGGGCAAGAAGAAGAACGCCCGCCGCAGGGCUGUGGUGGACGCUCGCGGCCUUCCGUGGGAGGAGGCGUUUGCGAGGGUUUCGGGUGGGUCGACUGUGGUGGUGGCGGUGGAGGUGGCUACCGGAUACAUGCUGCGGCGGUGCAAUGAGGAUGAUUGCUAUUAUACGGAGGCAAAAGAGGUGUUGGUGGCGGCGGAUUUGGUGGUGGAUGGCUCCGGCUUGGAGGUUUCUAAGAAGCCUACAAGACUUAAGAAAGUAGUAUUGGUUUGA